AGCAGAGGAAGGAGGACGUGAUUCAGGAAACUCUCUGAAGGUGAAGACUGACGACUGACGAGCAGGUUCUGGAUCCAACUUUCAUGAGACUCGUCAGUGGUGAUCCUGCCAUCAUGCGUCCUGCGCUCCUUGUCCUCCUGCUGGCUGCAGCAAACACAGAGUCCACAGUCACUCCGCCUGAAGACAACACUGGUCUAAAAUUCAUUAUUGCUUUUCCGGAGAACAUCGCCUAUUAUUAUCCUAUUCUACCUGAAAACAAGGUCCAAAUCACCGCCAUGCAUGAUCAAACCAAGGUCACCAUCACAGCGCACCCCGACCAUAGUACAGUAAUGACACUGGGCGCAGGAGCGACUCUGGAUAUCCCAAUUGAUAACAGAAAGGAGAUGUGGAGGUCAGAAACAGUCUACGACAGGUCAGUCCAAAUUACCAGCACAAAGAACAUCACGGUCCUUGCCAUCAGCCAAAAAAGCAACAGCAUGCAGACUGCUCUGGUUAUUCCUACUGACAGACUGGGCACAAAGUACCUCAUCCCGCUGGUACCAGUGAUCCAAGGAACCACUGCCCCUGCGAACAUUGUCACGACAGACGUGACUGAAAGAGGCCCUUUCAGACUCAUUAUAAUUAAUGCAGACGAAGAAAACACUGUAACUGUUGAAGGUGCAGACACCCAAGUGGUUUCACUUCAGCCCCACCAGAUAAGUCAAAUGUGGUUAAAAGAAAAUAGGACGUUGCGAACUGUGACAGCCACUCAGCCCGUGGCGGUCCUCUUUGGUCACGCUUGCGCCAUCCGGCACAACUGCACCUGCGGGCAGCUGUACACCUCGCUGCAGCCAGCCACAGAAAAGAAGCUGAAAUUCUACAUUCCUCCUGUUCUGGCCAAGGAUGCUGAAGACGAACCUCUUGUACUUCUGACAGAGAAGGAUUCCUCCAAAGUGAAGGCCUUCAACCCAGACUCGCCGCUGGUCGAGGCAGCUGGCACAGCCAUCUUCUACCGUCCGGGUUUACUCCUCACCCUCAUCCCAGAGACAGACUUUGCCGCCUGCUAUGUCAUCAGCUCCAUCCCUGAUACGGAGAGUUUCGCUGUGAUCGUGGUCCACAAGGAUUUCAUUGAUGGGGUUCAUGUUAAUAGUGCUCUUUUGGAGGAUGCAGACUGGCAGGAGCUGAAAGGGACGGACUACGUCUCGGCACUUACUGGAGUGGCGUCAGGCAAAAGCGUCAUCUGGCAUUCUUCUUCCAAGAUGGCUGUCUACUUUGUGGGCAAUAAGGAAGGUACUUUGUUUGGGAACCCGGCGCCCAUCAUCAGUACGUCCCCAGAUUUCAGGGGUUGCAUCUUGUCUCCUGGGGUCUUGAAAAUCGGAGAAGUGGCAAACGGCUGGCGAGAAUCUCUGAAGUACUGCAGAGACAACGGACUGGAACUGGUCAGCUUCCCUGAGGCCCAACUCCAGAGACAACUGUACGAAAAAAUCCUGCAGGCCAAGAAUAGCAGCAUGCAGGUGGUGUGGAUCGGCCUGCGUCGGAGCUCCCAGUCUGGGGAAUGGUACUGGUUGAACAAGGCUGCGGUCAGUGACACCAACUGGGGGGAGGGGGAGCCCGGCACGGUGCAUGAUGGUCAGUGUGCUAUCAUGAGUCUGGAAAAAGGCCACGACUUUGGCUGGAGUGACGAGGACUGCUGCAAGGCCGCCCAUCCUGUCUGCUACAAAGAACCCGUCCUCUUCCCCAUCGAUGGUUCAACAAUUUGACGACGGCUACCAAGACGGAAAACACGGAUAAAACUCAUUGAAAAACAGGCACCCAUGACCAUUCUGUAGCAGCCAUGUCCUAAUAUAAUUAAUAUUAUCAGAAUCAUAAAAGUUAUUCCAGUAAUGUUACAGUUUAGAUUAAAUCUGUGUUGAUAGUUGAAAGAUUUCCACAGACAAAGGAAAAGGUUUUUCAGAAAUGUUCAUGAACCUGAGUGUCACACCUUCAGCUAGUUUUGUCAGUCAUGUAGUUUGAUGAGGUUUGUCUGUGUCCUGAAAAAUACAACACCAGGUUUAAGCUCCCGACUUUCCCACUAAACACAAAAUUACAAAAAAAUAUCAAAGUACAGCCAACACGGAAUAUAUACAAUGUAGAUUUUCAAAAAAGUUAAGCAGAAUUUCUUAAAUGCAAACUGUAAAGUCUGGAGCCUGACUGAUACAGAACAUUUGCUUUUCAGGCAGAAUGCUCUGGAUACCGUCGGAUUGACCAAAUAGUUUUUUCAGUCACAGGAAACAGCUGGGCUAAAGCUAACUGUGGCUAUCUCAGCUUAUAUUUAAUGGUACAGUUUUUGUCUUUGUUUUGCUGUUUUACGACACAUUACAAAUUAAUAUGGUGUAAUAAUAUUUCAUAUGGUAAAAUAAAUGUCAGAUUGUGGUUUGAUUGAAUAUUUACUUAUUGAGCUGCUUUUUAGCUCUGUAUGUAUCAGAUAAUUAAUAACUGACUGAGUUUGUGAUCUGAUUGG